AUGAGCCCAGAGAAAGAAUAUGACCAGCUCAGUGACUUCCCAGAGUCUCCCUCAGCACGAGAGCGGGGAAACCAGGCCCGCAGCCUGGCGUGCCCACUGCAGAGCCUGUACCGGACCCGCAGCCUGGUGUGCCCACUGCAGAGCCUGCACCGGACCCGCAGCCUGGUGUGCCCACUGCAGAGCCUGCACCGGACCCGCAGCCUGGUGUGCCCACUGCAGAGCCUGCACCGGUCCCGCAGCCUGGUGUGCCCACUGCAGAGCCUGCACCGGACCCGCAGCCUGGUGUGCCCACUGCAGAGCCUGCACCGGACCCACAGCCCUGCAUGCCCACUGCAGAGCCUGCACCGGACCCGCAGCCUGGUGUGCCCACUGCAGAGCCUGCACCGGACCCACAGCCUGGUGUGCCCACUGCAGAGCCUCCACCGGACCCGCAGCCUGGUGUGCCCACUGCAGAGCCUGCACCGGACCCACAGCCCUGCAUGCCCACUGCAGAGCCUGCACCGGACCCGCAGCCUGGUGUGCCCACUGCAGAGCCUGCACCGGACCCGCAGCCUGGUGUGCCCACUGCAGAGCCUGCACCGGACCCACAGCCUGGUGUGCCCACUGCAGAGCCUCCACCGGACCCACAGCCUGGUGUGCCCACUGCAGAGCCUGCACCGGACCCGCAGCCUGGCGUGCCCACUGCAGAGCCUGCACCGGACCCACAGCCCUGCAUGCCCACUGCAGAGCCUGCACCGACCUGCAGCCUGCUGGCGACUGUGGGACUCGGAGAAGGCCCUGAACCGGCCAGCCCUCCAGGAGAGGCCCAUUGGGCCAGAGGAGCCUUUUGUGAUGGUGGCCGAGAACAUCCUCGGGCAGCCCAAGCGCUACAAAGGCUUCUCCGUGGACGUCCUGGAUGCGCUGGCCAAGGCCCUGGGCUUCAAGUAUGAGAUCUACCAGGCCCCCGAUGGCGGGUAUGGCCACCAGCUCCACAACACCUCCUGGAAUGGGAUGAUCGGGGAGCUCAUCAGCAAGAGAGCAGACUUGGCCAUCUCCGCCAUCACCAUCACCCCGGAGAGGGAGAGUGUGGUGGACUUCAGCAAGCGGUACAUGGACUACUCGGUGGGGAUCCUGCUCAAGAAGCCGGAGGAGAAGAUCAGCAUCUUCUCUCUCUUUGCUCCGUUUGACUUUGCGGUCUGGGCCUGCAUCGCGGCAGCCAUCCCUGUGGUUGGCGUGCUGAUAUUCGUGUUGAACCGGAUGCAGGCCGUGACGGCUCAGGCUGCUGCCCAGCCGCGGCCAUCCGGGUCUGCCACCUUGCACAGUGCCAUCUGGAUCGUCUAUGGAGCCUUCGUACAACAAGGUGGCGAGUCCUCCGUGAACUCCGUGGCCAUGCGCAUCGUGAUGGGCAGCUGGUGGCUCUUCACCCUCAUCGUGUGCUCCUCCUACACGGCCAACCUCGCCGCCUUCCUCACAGUGUCCAGGAUGGACAGCCCCAUAAGGACAUUCCAGGACCUGUCCAAGCAGGUGGAGCUGCCCUACGGCACGGUGCGCGGCUCGGCCGUGUACGAGUACUUCCGGGCCAAGGGCACCAACCCCCUGGAGCAGGACAGCACGUUUGCCGAGCUCUGGCGGACCAUCAGCAAGAACGGGGGCGCCGACAACUGCGUGUCCAGCCCCUCGGAAGGCAUCAGGAAGGCAAAGAAGGGGAACUACGCCUUCCUGUGGGACCUGGCGGUGGUGGAGUACGCGGCCCUGACCGACGACGACUGCGCGGUGACCGUGGUCAGCAACAGCGUCAGCAGCAAGGGCUACGGCAUCGCCCUGCAGCACGGCAGCCCCUACCGGGACCUCUUCUCCCAGAGAAUCCUGGAGCUGCAAGACACCGGGGACCUGGACGUGCUGAAGCAGAAGUGGUGGCCGCGCACAGGCCGCUGCGACCUCACCAGCCACGCCGGCACCCAGGCCGACGGCAGGGCCCUCAAGCUGCACAGCUUCGCCGGCGUCUUCUGCGUCCUGGCUGUCGGUCUCCUCCUCGCCUGCCUGGUGGCCGCCCUGGAGCUGUGGUGGACCAGCAACCGGUGCCGCCAGGAGACCCCCAAAGAGGACAAGGAGGUGAACCUGGAGCAGGUGCAUCGGCGCAUGAACAGCCUUCUGGAUGAGGACGUCGCUCACAAGCAGAUCUCCCCGGCGUCCAUCGAGCUCUCGGCCCUGGAGAUGGGGGGGCUGGCGCCCGGCCAGGCCCUGGAGCCCACGCGGGAGUACCCGAACCCCCAGCUCUCGGUCAGCACCUUUCUGCCUGAGCAGAGCGGCCACGGCCCCGGCCGGACACUCACGGCAGGGCCCAGCGGCCCUGCCACUGCCGCUGGGCCGGCUUCGGCCACCAUGCCCUCCGUGCCUUGCAAGCACAGGUCGCCCAACGGGGGGGCUGUUCCGCCCAGAAGCCCGGUGAAGAACCCCCCAUCCCCAUGGGCCUACCAACCCGUGCCCGGAGACAUGCUCCCCGAGAACCUAGACACCGCCCAAGACACCUCCAUCUGA